AUGGAUGACUCUUUCAGGGCCAUCUCUUCCUUCAGGACGCACACUAUAAUUUGGGCGUUUGGGGUGGAGCCUGGUUACAACAACAUGGGGUCUGGUCUGCCAGUGGUCACCCAGUUUCCCAGUCUGUCGCCUCCUGUGGUCACGCACCAGCACCCGCUCUCCCGUCGGGGUCUUCAUUUUGUAGACUUCUCCAGCGCUCUGGGUCCCACCUCCAGCGAUUGGGCGGAGAGUCCAUAG